CGUCCGCCCACGUUUGCAAUGAUAACAACAGAAAAGGGGAUCACGUCGGAUCGUCUCUCGACAUAAUCUGUUUCCGUACUUAAAUCUUGACAGAUCGCAUCGAGAGACGCACGCGAACCAGAACGCGUUAACUUUAUACGCGUCAAUUUUACACGAUGAUACUCGGAAAGUACCAUCUUAUUUAUUUCGCGGUCAACCUCGCGUGGUUUUCUACGUGCGACAUAAUUUCGAAGGAACCCACCGUGUUGAUCGCUAUUUUAGUCAGGAAUAAAGCGCACACGUUGCCCUACUUUCUGAGCCUCUUGGAGCGACAGGAUUAUCCUAAGAAACGAAUAUGUCUCUGGAUACGCAGCGAUCAUAAUGUCGACAGAUCUAUAGAGAUAUUAAAUAAGUGGAUCGGCUUAGAGGGCAAAAAAUAUCAUUGCUUGAAUAUUCAAUUAAAUGCAACGUCGACGAGAUUCGAGGACGAGAGGACAUUUGCCGAUUGGUCACCCCGUAGAUUUGCUCAUGUAAUAGAUUUGCGUGAACAAGCCCUCAAUUACGCGAGGGAGAUAUGGGCGGAUUUCAUUUUCAUGCUGGAUGCUGACGUUUUUUUGACAAAUUCGAGCACUAUGCGCGACUUAGUACUUAAAGGACAGACUGUCGUGGCACCUUUAUUGAGAUCGGACGGCAUGUACAGUAACUUUUGGGCUGGAAUAACAGCGGAGUAUUAUUAUGUACGAACGGAUCUGUACGAACCGAUUUUAUUUCGUGAAAAAACCGGAUGUCACAACGUGCCUAUGGUCCAUAGUGCGGUGCUCAUAGAUCUAAGAAGAUACGAUUCCGAUCGUUUGACUUACAAAGCUGAAAAAUUGAUUGCCUAUAAUGGACCCGAGGAUGAUAUCAUAACUUUUGCCGUUGGAGCAAAUAAAUCGAAUAUACCAUUGUUCGUGUGUAACGACGAAGUUUACGGUUUCGUCAUGGUGCCCCUAGAAAAUGAAGAAACUAUCACGGAAGAUAUGCAACGGUUGACCAACACAAAAGUGGAAAUAUUAGCAUUUAACGAUUAUUUGCCGUUAUCGGACGAUCUGAGAGAAUUCGUAAUAUAUCCGAAGAAAGACACCUUGGGUUUGAAUCACAUUUACAUGAUUAAUCUUGUAAGAAGACCGGAGAGACGUAGAAGGAUGCACAGACUUUUCGAUGAACUUGGCAUUAGGGCAGAAAUUAUUGAUGCCGUGGAUGGUAGGACUUUGAACGAGAGUUCUUUAAAGAAAUGGGGCGUGAUACCAAUGCCGGAAUAUUUUGAUCCCUAUCAUAAAAGGCCGAUGACGAUGGGUGAGAUUGGCUGUUUCCUCAGUCACUACUUGAUAUGGCAGAAGGUGCUAGAGCACGGCUACAAGAAUGUCAUGGUGCUGGAGGACGACGUUCGCUUCGAACCAUUCUUUCGACAGAAAGUCAAUUACGUUUUGGAGGAACUGUCCGCCCUCGGAAUCGAGUGGGACUUGAUAUACGUAGGGAGGAAGAAACUGGUGAAAUCCGAGAGUCCUGUAGAAGGCUCUAAAUUUUUAUUGCACGCGGCAUAUAGUUAUUGGACACUUGGCUACAUUUUAUCGGAAAACGGAGCGAGGAAACUGAUCGGUGCGAUGCCUCUCGGGAAAUUAGUUCCCGUCGACGAGUAUCUUCCCAUUCUUUCAGAUACGCAUCCUAAGGAACAGUGGGCGGCUCAAUUUCCUAUACGAGAUUUAAUUACCUUAUCAACAAAUCCACUCCUGAUUUAUCCGACGCAUUAUACCGGCGAGGACGGUUACAUCAGCGACACGGAAGACUCCAAACUUAUGCAAAAUACUGUCACGCCUAUUAAAUCGGAAAAUCGAUACGAACUAUGAUUAAUUUGGAGAUAAAAAAGAGAAUUUUGAAUUAUCUAGUCGAAGAAAUCAACUAAAAUUUUUAGCUGAAAUUUAUUUUCUCGCGAUAUUAUUGAUCUACUGCCAAUAUACUCUCAUUAUUAACUUGAAGCUGAUAAUGAUUAAAUAUAGUCAUAUAUGUAAUAUAAAUAA